GAGAUGGUGUGGGUUUCUGGUAGUUUCAAAAUGCAAAAUUAAAAUCCGAUUAAGAUUGAGGUUCAGCGACAGCGUUCCAGGACACAAUCGAAAUCACAGCCUGGUGCUAAUGAUUUAUUUUUUCUUUCCCUAUAACAUGAGGAGGUGACUUGGAGAUGUCAGACAUACCAGGAUAUUUGCGUACCUGUUUGAACACAGGGAAGCUUCUUUCAUUGGCAAUAUUGGUCUCUGGGGGAAUCGUCUUGCAAAUUUUGGCAUGUGUCUUGUAUAAUAAUUGGUGGCCGAUGCUAAGUGUGUUAACAUAUGUGCUUCUACCAAUGCCUUUGCUGUUCUUUGCGGGGUCUAAUGACUCUAUAUUCUCGGAAUCUGAUAAUAGCUGGGUGAAUUUUACCAAGUUCUUGACCGGAGCCUCAACCGUGGGAGGCAUUGCCAUUCCAAGCAUAUUGAAGCAUGCAGGGGUUAUUGGUUGGGGAGCCUUUGCAAUGGAACUUUCUUCCUACUUCGUCUUUGGAAUGACUGUAAUAUGUUACCUUUGGAUGAGUGAUGAAGAUGAAUACAGUAUCCUCUGAUACCAGAUUUGCUUCAUCAUUGUAAAAAUGAAUUUGUUCCUUUCAUGCGCUAUUGCUUUCUCGCAUCUGUGACUUUCACUACAGUAUAUUUGCUUUCAACCAUGAUUUGUUGACUCCCCCAAUGAGUGUUUAUUGUCUGUUAAGAAAUGAGACUGCUUUGGUCUAUUUUCUUAUUGUGUUAA